AUGUCUCGCCUACUGGUCCUGUUUGUGCUGGUGUGUGCUCUCUUUGUAGUGGAGUGUACUUUUGCGAAAAAAGAUGCUCUGACUGCCAAGUUAAUGGCAGCUCGAAAACACGUCGCCAACGCCAAACAGGUGAAAGAACUCCACGAAGCUGCCAGACAGCGAGCUCUGCCGAAAAGUGGGAGUAAGUUUGAUCUGAAAAAAAGCGGUGGUAACGAAGUAGAGGCAGCGCAGCACAUGUCACAAGGAGAGAAAAUAGCGGGGAAUAUACUGAACAACGCAGGAAAGCGAGGCAUUGAUGUGUUCAGCAAAGGAAAAAGCAGCAAGAAGUCAUACGAAGAGGUGUUCUACAUGGGGGAGUUCGUCGAGCAAGCCUUUGAAGGAUUCGCCAUGGCGCCGUGUAGCGUGGGACUAUGGCUUUCGCUGAUAUAUACGAUGAUAUGGAAAUAGAAUCGAUCAACUGGGAUGAAGUCACGGAAGACGAUGUCGACGUGCACACACUGGCUUUCAUCAAGUGGUGGACUGAGAACAAAUGUACAGAGUUCUUCGAAGCUGGUGAGACAUUCGCACGCUUCGUUUGGUCCAUCUUCUGGGACGACUUAGCCGAAACUCCAUGCGGCCAAAAUCUGCCAACGGACCCCGACGGUACCAUCGACUGGACCCUUGCUUUCAAUAGGAUAGACAGCAUGAAUCCACAGGAGUGGGAGAAUAUCCCCGAGCCGACCAACGAAUGCGAGGUUUUCGAAUUGAUUGGAGAAGUCUUCAUGGAUUUCUUCUUCAUGGAGUUCUUUGACACAUUACCAGACCAAUUCCUAGAAGACAUGUUCAAUGAUUUCGGGGUCAAUGACCUUAUCGAUCCUUACUUUGGCUACGGCUACUUCGAAUCAUCGGCUUCUGAUUUCAAUCUGGGCGCUGGCCAUCAUGAGGACGAUGGACACGACCACUCUAAGCCCAAACCAGGCGAAAACACACGCAAACUUAAGGAAUUUCUUCAGCGCAGUAAAAGCAAAUAAUUAACUCAGAAAUAACUGUUAUAUCUCCAAAAAUAGAGAAAUUUUGAUUUUGAAAUAUGGUAUAUGUCGUUCAAUGUAUAAUGUCACAUGUUACUGACCACCGUUCGAGCGCCACCAUAGGUCGGAUUUCAACAUAUUUUUGUUUUUAUUUUUACAAAAUAAAUGUGUCUACAUCUA